AUGUGCGCUUGUUUAUUAGCCGCUGACGACAGCGCGACGCUAGAACGACCCAAGACAACGCCUAAACCGUCGUUUAGCGUCCCGUUUCCACGCGACCCAGACUUCAUCGACCAUGGAACGCUGCUCGAUCAGAUUAGCAAACGAUGCGCAGCGCCACCAUCGCGGGUAGCGCUGGUGGGCCUCGGCGGCGUGGGGAAGUCGCAGCUAGCCAUCGAGCACUGCUACCGCACCGCCGAACAGUCGCUGGACACGUGGGUGUUCUGGGCGCAUGCGAGCAACACCGCGCGACUCGAGCAGAGCUUCCGGGAGAUCGCCGACCAGGUCAGGGCUCGCGGCCGCAAGGACCCGCAAGCAGACGUGUUUAAGCUAGUGCGCGACUGGCUGUGCGAUGCGAAGAACGGACGGUGGCUAUUAGUGCUCGACAAUACAGAUGAUGCUGCUAUAGUCUCUCCAACAGAGGGCAGCAGUGGUCUCCGGCAGCAUCUAUCGGAGUAUCUGCCUUCCAGCGGGCACGGCGCCGUCCUUGUGACGAGUCGGACAAAGCGCGCAGCGAUGGAGAUUGUGGAUGAUAGUAACAUUAUACUAAUCGAGCCAAUGCACGAUGCAGCUGCACACGCUCUACUCCGUAAGAAGCUAAGGGACAUAGACGACAAAGACGACAACAUCGCUACGCUAGCUAUGACGCUCGAUUAUAUGCCGCUUGCUCUCGUGCAGGCGGCAGCAUAUAUUCGAGAACGAGCACCACGGUGCUCUGUGCGGCAGUACCUCGAGGAGUACCGGCAGAGCGAUCGCAGAAAGACGAGUCUGCUAAACCGGGAGGCGGGUCACCUUCGCCGAGAUAGAGCAGCCAGCAACUCUGUCUUGGUAACGUGGCAGAUCUCGUUCGACCACAUACGAAGCACAAGACAGUCAGCAGCAGGCCUGCUGUCGCUGAUGAGCUUCUUCGACCGACAGGGGAUCCAGGAAGCUCUACUCCACCAACAGAGCAGCAUAGUAGACGACGCAUUUGAAGAGGAUGUGCUAGCCCUGCGAGACUACUCGUUUAUCACGGUGACUAGAAAUGCAGACACAUUUGAGAUGCAUAGCCUAGUGCAGCUAGCGACGCGCACGUGGCUCGAAAACGAAGGGCAGUUAGAGAAGUGGAGAGAGCAGUUUAUCUCGAACCUGUGUGCAGAGCUGCCGACAGGAGAGCACGAAAACUGGGAGAAGUGCCAAGCGCUAUUUCCACACGCACGAGCGGCACUAGCACAGGGGCCUAAGAGUAAAGAGUCACGAAAGAAGUGGGCGUUGUUGCUAUAUAGGGCGGCAUGGUACGCGUGGCGACGGGGGAGAGCAGGCGAGGCAGAGGAGAUGGCGAUGAUGUCGAUGGAGGUUAGGAGUGAAGAGCUUGGGGAAGAAGAUGUGAGAAUAUUAGAGAGCAUGGGGAUGGUGGGACUAGCUAGAGAGCUUGGAGGUAAGUAUAAAGAGGCAGAGGCGAUGCAUAGGCAGACGCUGGCGCGGAUGGAGAAGGUGUUUGGGCAUGGGCAUCUACACACGCUGACGAGCAUGAGCAACUUGGCGCUAGUGCUGAUUAGCCAGGGCAAGUACAAAGAAGCAGAGGCGAUGAACCGACAGACACUGGCGUUAAUGGAGAAGGUGCUUGGGCAUGAGCAUCCAGACACGCUAAUGAGCAUGCAUAACUUGGCACACGUGCUGGACAGCCAGGGGAAGUACGAAGAGGCAGAGGCGAUGAACCGACAGACGCUGGCACGGAGGGAGAAGGUGCUUGGGCAUGAGCAUCCACACACGCUGACGAGCAUGGGCAACUUAGCACAAGUGCUAGACAGCCAGGCCAAGUACGAAGAGGCAGAGGCGAUGAACCGACAGACACUGGCGUUAAUGGAGAAGGUGCUCGGGCAUGAGCAUCCAGACACACUAAUGAGUAUACACAACUUGGCACACGUGCUGGACAGCCAGGGGAAGUACGAAGAGGCAGAGGCGAUGAGCCGACAGACGCUGGCACGGAGGAAGAAGGUGCUUGGACAUGAGCAUCCGCAUACGCUAAUGAGCAUGCACAACUUGGCACACGUGCUGGACAGCCAGGGGAAGUACGAAGAAGCAGAGGCGAUGAGCCGACAGACGCUGACGCGGAGGGAGAAGGUGCUCGGGCAUGAGCAUCCACACGCUCUAAUGAGCAUGCACAACUUGGCACACGUGCUGGGCAGCCAGGGAAAGUACGAAGAGGCAGAGGCGAUGAGCCGACAGACGCUGGCACGGAGGGAGAAGGUGCUCGGGCAUGAGCAUCCACACACGCUAAUAAGUAUGAAUAACUUAGUACUAUUACUAGAUAGGCAGGGCAAGUACGAAGAGGCGGAGGUGAUGAGCCGACAGACGCUAACGUUAAUGGAGAAGGUGCUUGGGCAUGAGCAUCCAGACACGCUGAUGAGUAUGCACAAGUUAGUACUACUACUAGAUAGGCAGGGCAAGUACGAAGAGGCAGAGGCGAUGAGCCGACAGACGCUGGCGCGGAGGGAGAAGGUGCUCGGGCAUGAGCACCUAUCCACGCUGACGAGCGUAUACUGCCUUGCCAAUCUUCUUACACAUCAGCGUCGCUACAACGAAGCCUUUGCUCUAUACAAGAGAGCAUGCACUGGGUACGAAACUACGCUUGGGAAGGCUCACUCAACCACGCAUGCGUGUCACCAGCAUUAUGAUUACGCGCUUGCAUCUCACAAGCAGCACCAGCUUGCUAUCUCUCCUAUAACUACGGAUAGCAGCGCACGUGCAUACGCAGGCAAACAGAAGAAGGUGCUUGGACAUGAGCAUCCGCAUACGCUAAUGAGCAUGCACAACUUGGCACACGUGCUGGACAGCCAGGGGAAGUACGAAGAAGCAGAGGCGAUGAGCCGACAGACGCUGACGCGGAGGGAGAAGGUGCUCGGGCAUGAGCAUCCACACGCUCUAAUGAGCAUGCACAACUUGGCACACGUGCUGGGCAGCCAGGGAAAGUACGAAGAGGCAGAGGCGAUGAGCCGACAGACGCUGGCACGGAGGGAGAAGGUGCUCGGGCAUGAGCAUCCACACACGCUAAUAAGUAUGAAUAACUUAGUACUAUUACUAGAUAGGCAGGGCAAGUACGAAGAGGCGGAGGUGAUGAGCCGACAGACGCUAACGUUAAUGGAGAAGGUGCUUGGGCAUGAGCAUCCAGACACGCUGAUGAGUAUGCACAAGUUAGUACUACUACUAGAUAGGCAGGGCAAGUACGAAGAGGCAGAGGCGAUGAGCCGACAGACGCUGGCGCGGAGGGAGAAGGUGCUCGGGCAUGAGCACCUAUCCACGCUGACGAGCGUAUACUGCCUUGCCAAUCUUCUUACACAUCAGCGUCGCUACAACGAAGCCUUUGCUCUAUACAAGAGAGCAUGCACUGGGUACGAAACUACGCUUGGGAAGGCUCACUCAACCACGCAUGCGUGUCACCAGCAUUAUGAUUACGCGCUUGCAUCUCACAAGCAGCACCAGCUUGCUAUCUCUCCUAUAACUACGGAUAGCAGCGCACGUGCAUACGCAGGCAAACAGUCAAAGCUGGUACGAGGGCUAGCAAAGAUAGGUAUUGGAAGCUCAAAGUCUGUGAGGUAG